AAGCCCAAACAGCCCCAAAGAUGCCAAGAUUGAAGCAUCUGCUUGACUAAGCCCAGAAUUUUCCCAAUUAUAACAUAUAUAAGGGGAAAAAUGUAAUACUAACAAUACAACAAAUCCCUUACUUCACACAGAUUUGUGUCGGUGAAUUUGGAUUUUCUCUUUUUCAUUUUUUUCCCUUAUGUUUCUUCCUUUCUUUCUCAGUUCUCAACAUAUACCUUUGUUGGUGUCUGGGAAAAACAUUUCAACGUAUAACCCUAAACACAUGACACAACCAAACUGACAUGCCAUCUCUAAAACUCAACCCUUUGCUUUCCUAGUUCCCGAGUUCUUCCCCUGUCCUAGUUAAAACCACACAACCCUCCCCAAAGAAAACAAGACAAACCCAAAGCUGAGAAACAUAGAAUUUCUCGAAUAAAUUGGAAGCUAUGGAAAGUGGAACAGGAGUUGUUGCUUCAAGGGAGAGUUCGAGGAAGUCUGCGGAAAGGCCUUACAAAGGGAUAAGGAUGAGAAAGUGGGGGAAAUGGGUGGCUGAGAUAAGGGAACCGAAUAAACGAUCGAGGAUUUGGUUAGGGUCUUAUUCAACCCCUGUUGCGGCGGCUCGAGCUUAUGACACGGCGGUUUUUUACCUACGUGGACCGUCGGCUAGGUUGAAUUUUCCUGAACUUUUGGCGGGAGAGAAAGUUGGCGGCGGUGGCGAUUUAUCGGCGGCUUCUAUAAGGAAAAGAGCUAUUGAAGUUGGUGCUAGAGUAGAUGCUCUAGAGGCAGCUCAUCAUCAUCAUCGUGGUCAUAAUUAUAGUCUUAAUCAGAAUUAUAAUCAUAGUUAUGGCGAUGAGUUGAAGCCGAGGACUGGCGGGUUUUUACAGCGGGUUGACUUGAACAAGAUGCCCGACCCGGAGGAUUCAGAUGGUGAAUGGGAAAGGAAAUAGAAAGGGAACAUGAAAAAGAAAAA